AUGUUCAUCACAAACGAAAACGUUGGAGACAGAACCCGUCUUGAAGACUGGAGAAUCCGCGGAUAUGAUCCAUUGACUCCACCAGAUUUGCUUCAACAUGAAUUCCCUAUAACACCGGAAUCACUGAAAACCAUAUUGGAAGGAAGAGAUGCGGCAUGCAAGAUUUUGAAUGGAGAAGAUGAUCGUUUGAUUAUAGUCAUUGGGCCAUGUUCUAUCCACGACCCAAAAGCAGCAAUGGACUACGCUGAUAGAUUAUUGAAGGAGUCCAAGAAACAUGAAAAGGAGCUUUUGAUUGUGAUGAGAGCUUAUUUGGAAAAACCUAGAACAACUGUUGGUUGGAAAGGUUUGAUUAAUGACCCCGAUAUCAAUGGAACUUUCCACAUCAACAAAGGGUUGAGGAUAGCAAGAAAAAUGUUUGUUGACUUGACUUCGAAAUUACCAAUUGCUGGUGAAAUGUUGGACACAAUCUCACCACAAUUUUUGUCGGAUCUUUUCUCUGUUGGUGCUAUUGGUGCUAGAACUACCGAGUCUCAAUUGCACAGAGAACUUGCUUCUGGCUUGUCAUUCCCUAUUGGAUUCAAGAAUGGAACUGAUGGUACUUUGGGUGUAGCAAUUGAUGCCGUCAGAGCCGCAUCGCACCCACACCAUUUCCUUUCCGUUACUAAGCCAGGUAUCGUUGCUAUUGUUGGAACUGAUGGAAACAAAGACUGCUUUGUUAUUUUAAGAGGCGGUAAACAAGGUACAAAUUUCGAUUCUGAGUCCGUAAAACAAACCCAAGAACAAUUAAUCAAGGCCAAGUUGGUUGAUGAGAGCCAGAAGCAAGCUCGUAUAAUGGUGGAUUGUUCUCAUGGAAAUAGUAGUAAAGACCAUAGAAACCAGCCAAAAGUUGCCAGAGUAGUUGCCGACCAAAUCGAGAGUGGAAACAGAUCUAUAUGCGGUUUGAUGAUUGAAAGUAACAUCAAUGAAGGAAGACAAGAUGUUCCUUCUGAGGAAGAGGGCGGCAAGAAUGCUUUGAAAUAUGGAGUUUCAAUUACUGAUGCAUGUAUUGGUUGGGAUACCACCGUUGAGGUAUUGGAUAUGUUGGCUUCAGCUGUGAAGAAGAGAAGAAGUGCGUAA